AUGGAGUGCAGCGCCAGACCCAAAGUUACUCUUCUCAUCCUCGGAGCAGGAUGGACAUAUCAAUUCCUGCAGCCAGUGCUAGAAGCCGAGGCGAUCACGUACACGGCAACCACCACCAGCGGCCAUGACAAAACAAUCGCGUUCAGGUUGGACCCAGACUCUGAUGACCUGGAGCCAUUCAAGACACUACCAAACGCGGAGUUCGUGCUGAUCACCUUCCCACUGAGAGGACGUGGUCUUUCUACCAAGUUGCUUUCGAUGUAUCACAAAACCCACGACCACACAGCAAGCUCCGUGAUCUCUAAGGAGAGGGAUCCGAGAUGGAUCCAGCUGGGUUCCACCGGCAUCUACACACAUCCUGGCUGGAGCGAUGAGAGCUCGCCGAUCGACGAGACCAAUGACCGGGCUAUUGCUGAGAUGGAGCUUAUCGAGCUAGGCGGCUGUGUCAUGAACUUGGCGGGUCUUUACGGAAGCGGUCGUCAGCCUAAGAACUGGGUCAGUCGUGUUGCAAAGACGAAGGAGCAGCUUGCUGGUAAAGGUGCCCUACAUCUCAUCCAUGGCCGGGAUGUGGCGAGAGGACUAGUCGGUGUUAUCAAGAAGAGUACCGUCGAUGACGGCCACGCACAGCUUUUCGGUCGGAGAUGGAUCGUCGCCGAUGGUGUUUCGUACGAUUGGUGGACGUUGGUGUGGAAUUGGAUGGGCCACAUUGAUUCAGCAGAGACCAAAGAAGGUGGGGAUGGAGAGCCUGGCGAAGGCAAUCAACAAGAAGAAAAGUCCAGGUACCGUCGCUGGGUCUUAGAGCUGAUGGACGAGCAAAACGUCAAAGCACUGCCCAGAGAUAUGGAACUCCUGGGUCGCAAGUUGGACUCCCGUGCGUUCUGGCGCGCAAUUGACAUUGUGCCUGAGAUGUCCCUGGCAGGGUGA